GAUUUUCGUAUCCAAUCGAGUUGAUAAAAUUCUAUGAUUUUCAGAAGCUAGUGAUUGGAAGUUUGUUCCGGGAACACAAAAUCCAGCGGAUUUGCCUUCAAGAGGUUGCACAGUUAAAACCCUAUUGAAGAGACAAUGGCACGAAGGAACAUCUUGGCUUAAAGAAUCAAGAGAAAACUGGCCUAAUUUUGAUCUAGUUCCUGAUGAAAAAAUAGUGUAUGCCGAGAAGAAGAAAAUCAUUGUAUCAUCUUUAAAUAUGAAAGAUGACGAAUUUUACAACAACAUAUCAUCCUACAAGAAAAUAAUCAGAAUUACAGGCUGGAUAUAUAGAUUUUUUGAAAAUUCCAGAGCAAGCAGUAAGAAAACAGGAAAAUUAUCUGUAGAAGAGCUUAUUAAAGCUGAACUCAAAAUCUUGAAAAGGGUUCAAGAAGACUCAUUCCAAGGCGAAAAAUUGAAGAGUCUGAAACUCCUGUCGAUAUUUACAGACGCUAAUGGACUUGUGAGAAUUAAAACAAAAAUCAUUAUGCGAGAAGACAAUGAAAACUUUAAAGUUCCAAUUAUUUUACCAUCUGAUCAUCAUGUUGUUAAGAGCCUUAUUUUACACAAACACCAAGAACUUGGACAUCCUGGAGUACAAUCUUUAAUGGUAGCUCUGAGAGAAGAUUAUUGGAUAUUAAAAGCUAGAAGAACUGUAAAAAAGGUACUGAAAACCUGCAUAACUUGUCAACGAUUUAAUGUGAAAAGACCUGAAAUACCAGAAGGAAUACUCCCGGAGGACAGAGUAAAAAACGCCUCAAUUUUUGAAGUUAUAGGAGUGGAUGUUGCUGGACCGUUGCUUACGAAGGACAACAAGAAAGUGUGGAUCGCAAUUUUCACCUGUGUGAUUUAUAGGGCAGUACACUUUGAACUAUUAACAUCACUUUCAACAGAUAAUUUCAUACUCUCCCUAAGAAGAUUUAUCGCACGCAGAGGACGUCCGUCAAUUAUCUACUCCGACAAUGGGACUAAUUUUAUUGGAACUAACAACUCUCUGAAGAAUAUCAAACUAGAAAGACUAAAGACAACCUUUUCUCCAAUUUCAUGGAGAUUCCUACCUCCGACUGCUCCAUGGUGGGGAGGAUUUUUUGAGAAGUUAAUAGGACUUUUGAAAAGAAUUUUGAGGAAGGUCCUAGGUCAUACAUCCUUAAAUUACCAGGAAAUUGAAACUGUUUUGUGUGAUUGUGAAAGCCAACUCAAUUCAAGACCUUUAACAUAUGUUAGCGAUGAUCCCGAAGAUUUAUGUCCUUUAACACCUGAUUUAUUCCUGAAAGACACUCGUACUAGUAGUACUACGGACUUGGAUAGAUUAAAGCUAACUGACAAGACGGAAUUAAACAAAAGACUUGUGUAUAGAAGAAGAAUGAUGACAGAUUUACGAGCAAGAUUCCGUAGUGAAUAUCUGAGUCAGUUACAUCAUAGACUGACAGUUCGAAAACCAACAUACCAUCCUAAAGUUGGAGAUAUCAUCUCGAUUUGGAAUGAUAAUCUCAAAAGAAUACAUUGGCCCUUGGGAAGAAUACUCUCAGUUUACACAAGUAAAGAUGGACUGAUCAGAAGUGCCAAAGUUAAGACCAAAUCCGGAAUUCUGAUCAGACCAAUUCAAAAUCUCUGCCGAUUAGAACUGGACGAGGAGAAUCUCAACAGCGAAGACCAGCUGCCAGAGACUUCCAAAGGUGAGCCAGAAAGACCAUCAUCGAACAUUCCUGAUUCCACUCCUGCUACUACCAGAGUUGGACGUGUUGUUCGCCCACCCUCCAGAUUUGGACAAUGAGUAUUGAGAUUCGGUUCAACAUGCUCCGAAACUCAAAAAGGGGAGUGUCCAAAACAGAAUACCAUUUUCCUUGCCAGAGGACAUACUAGUACGGAUAUAGAACUCUCUCUUAAGAACAAAAAUUUUUUGAGAGCUUUUGUGUUACUGGCGACCGAGAGAUCGUGUUGUUUUUUGUAGUGUUGUUUCGUUAAUAUGCACCUGUUAACUAAUUCGAAAGAGUAUUUCUUCUUGAGUAUGUGGUCAUUUCUUUUAAGAUUUAUUUUUUACGAACCGAACCGGGUAGAAGAACCAGGUAAGAAACCUUUUAUUGAUACCUGUUCUAUUGAAAUAGAAAAAGAAUUUUCUUUUUCGACAGUGAUAUGAUAUGGUCAAAUGGUGAAUUCUAAGUACCUUUAAAUUAGCAUUUAAACAUGUACGCGAAACAUCUCACAGAAACUAUGUUAAGUAUAAAAAUGCUAUGAAAUUUAACCGAAUGAAAAUUUAUUAAAUUAUAGAGUUUGAAAAUUGUUGUUUAAAAAAACAGUACUUAAUAUUAACUAAAGCUUAUUAAAUGCACAUUUUACAAUGCAAGUGCUUUUUUCAUUUCUAUGAGUUAUAUUAUGGGGAUAGGAGUGCAAAAAUUAAUCCUUAAAACACGCUUCUGAUUAUAUUGAUUUGUAUAUUCUGUAUCGCUGGUUUUUAAAUUAACUUUAUAAAAGACAAGUAUUUUGAAACAUUAAAAUAAAUCUCAUCCUUAAUUUAAGAACUUUUCGUCAUUGUUUAUUUCAGACUAUUUUAACUGGUGCUUUUUUUCAGUGUAGGUAUGCUAAUUGAACUUUCUUUAUUAAGUGUUUUCAUUUUAUUAAAUAUCUUAAGUAUUUAGUUUUAGGAUAUAAAAGAAAACAAAUACUUUUAUUUGCGUUUUAAUAAUAUUUCUUACUUAAUUUUUAAAAAAAUUUAGGAAAUAAUCUGAAACUAAAUAAACGUUUAACUUUCGGAAACAUUUCGGACUAGAGCUGGGUCUUCUAACAAUGAUGAAAAAAUAUUGAGAAUUUCUGUUCUAAUUGUUAUUUGUUUUGCUCAAAUAUUUCUUAAAUCAACAUAUAGAUUUUCUGCUUGAAAUAUUGUAAUUAAAGAUAAAAGCAAUUUUCUACAGCAUUAAGACAGCGAGACAAAACUUCAUUUAAAAUUCAGAUUAAUUUUCAAGAAUGAAUUAAGUGGUAAAGCCCUGGACACGUCAUCUGUCAGCAAUGUAAUUUUCCUUGUCAAAUUCUACAGUUUUAAGCAUGCUUGUAACAUUCUUGCCGACCAAAAUAUCGAAAAAACUACGUCGAGCUGAAAGAGAAAUUGUAGAAGAGGCAAUUUUAAAAUGCUUAAAUUUGAAGCGAAUAAGUUGAAUGAAAAAUUUGAGGAAAGUUUAAAUAGUGUCCCCUCGAAUUUUUACCUCUAAAUACCUCCCUGGUAGCAAAACGAUAUUAUUUAACAUUCGAAGGAUGCUAGAAAAUGUCUUCCAUCUCGAACUUUUAAAAUUUCAUUAUCUUUGGUCUAGCAUCACUUUUUUGGGGCACCUCAUAUUAUUAAUAACUAAAUAUUUAUUUGUGGUAGAAAACAAUAAAUUAAAAUAUUCCUUAUAAUAAAAUUUUUUAUCAAUGCAUUUUUAUGCCAGUUAAGGCACGAAAAUAUUAGUGGAUGUAAAAAACUUCUUCAACUGUUGUAACUUCUGUUUACAUCGUCUUUUCUCUCUUCCUGGACUCUCGGGUUUUUUUUAUGACUCUUUGAUUGUCAUUAUUUUCUUUAAAAUUUUCUAUUGGUUUGUGAGGCGGUUAAUCAUUUUAUAAAAUCAUUGAAAAAAGCGAUUUAUUGCUCUUGAAUAAAGGCAAGUGAACAAAAACUUGCUAUAAAAGGAGGACUGCAUCAAAUAAGUCUGCAAUUUUUUUUUACAGAUAAUAAUAAAUAAAAUAAAAGCAUAUAAUCCAAUUGUUGCUGUUUGGA